AAUUCAUUCACAGAACUGCACGCCGCUGCAUUGCCAAUCGGUUCAAUUGAGUUUAAGCUACCUACUCAUUAGUUUUUUCACAUAUUUGAAUGUAGUACAUGUGCAUCAGGGACCGUAGCAACAACGGUCGCUACUACAAUUAAGCAGUGCAAGUGGCGUGUUUUCAUCGUUCUGCUUAAGUUAACUAUGCGGAGAGCCACAGUUCAUGUGAAAAAUGAUUACAAAACGGCAUUUAGUUCGAAAAACAACAGCGACAGUCUCGGACGGAACCGGUCAAGACAAUCCUGUGUACAGUAAGGUGAAAAAAUAGUGAGAAGUGCAGUUGCAGUCUCGAUGAUUGACAUCUAACCAAAUUUGCUGAGACAUCAGUAUGAAGUUUUGCUGUGUUAUCGUCACCUUACUGGCGGAGUUCUCCUUCCUCUAUCUUACUAGUGCAUGUGGCCCAAAAUGUAUUACAAAGUUCGAUAAUGGAAUUGGUGUAGGCCUGCUGAGAGAAACGUUUAAGAAAAGAUUAUACUGUUCCUAUUUGGGAAUCCCGUACGUUCAACCACCAGUUGGAGAAUUAAGAUUCGAGGAUCCAAUUCCUCUGUAUUUUGACACAUCUGCAACAUUCAAUAAUGUUUCGAAUCCAUGCAUCCAAGUGACUGGUGAAUCGGCCAGGCACGGUCGAACUAUUGGCGGAGAAGAUUGCUUAUAUCUCAAUGUGUACACAACAUACGUCCGCGUCCGCACAAGACCACGUCCAUUGAUGCCAGUGCUAGUUUGGAUUCAUGGGGGUAGCUUCACUGAAGGAUCAUCAGAAACUGAUAUAUUUGGUGCCGAUUUUAUAUUAGACGAGGAUGUAAUUGCUGUCACAUUCAACUACCGUUUGGCAUCAUUGGGAUUCAUGGGCAUAGUAGAUUUGAAUAUUGCAUCCAACUUGGGACUCAAAGAUCAGACAGAGGCUUUUCGAUGGGUCAAACGAAAUAUUAAAUCCUUUGGAGGGGAUCCCAAACGAGUCACUCUAGUGGGUUGGAGUUCCGGAGCUGCAUCUGCUACGUACCAUAUGUACACACAAGCUUCCAAGGGAUUAUUUAAGCAUGUCAUAGCCAUGAGUGGAACAAUGACACAACCUUGGGCAUACAAUUUUAUUACUCAGUACUGUAGUUACGAAUAUUUAAAGAAAAUCGACGCUACCACUAAAGAAGAGCUAAAAGCAAGACCAGCAAAAUUAAUGAUACCGUUUGAUAGUCCCAGAUUUCACUAUCUAGCGCUCACUCAUUUAUGUUACAUGCCAGGCGAGGACAGCAUGUAUGCACCAAAGAACCCAUACGACAUGGUACGAGUGAUGGCCCCCGUUAGCGAUGUUCCACUUCUCAUCGGAAGCACAGCAGUAGAGCACGAUAAUAUAUUCAAUCACAGAGAUUUCAGUAUGGAUCAAUUCAAUUAUCCAAAUGACAAUGCUACCAUCUACGAACGCAUCAGAGAUUAUCUCGAGCAUUCUCGCACGAAUCGUUCCGCCAGAAUAUUCUAUCGAAAGCUGGGCUCUUUCGCUGACUUCCAGUUUGGACAGCAAUAUUUCAUCGACGAGGCUUCGCGUCGGUUCAAGUCACCCAUUUAUCGUUAUCGGUUCUCGUUUGACGGCCCAUUUGCCUACGCCAAAAAUAUGUAUUACCGCGAUGCCAUAUAUCCUAUGCCCGGCGCCAUGCAUGGAGACGAUCUGGGAUAUCUCUUCACGCCGUACAACUACCAGAGUGUCAUUACAUCCAACGGAAUCAACGAACCACUCGUCAAAAAAGCACUCAAAGUUCAACGUCGCAUGGUGCGCCUGUGGACAAACUUUAUCAAAUACGGGAACCCGACGCCACCGAACAAUGGCAAAAUCAAUCAGACAAUAUGGCAUCCUUACAAUGAUCGGAAUCCACUAAUGGCUCGGCAGUACCUCAACAUCGACCGACAGCUGCGAGUGCAACGAGAGGAAACUUCCGAAAAUUAUUAUUACCAACUUUGGCAAACAAUAUUUGACUGCCUGUACUAUUAUAAGUGUGACUUUUUAAAAUGAAACUUGACAAUAAAGCAAACAAGAUUAUAAAUAGCUAAUCCGCUAACCGCUAAAUUGCACUUUAGGAGAACGGGAUAAAAUGGCCACUUUAAGCUUGAUGGCAUUUUUAUAUGUAAUAAUACAUAUUGUAUUGAUACAUUACCUACGUCUCUAGAACCUAUGUUUUGAUACAAUUCAAUGUAAUUAACAAAGUAACUUUUUUUAACCCGUUCUCUGACGUCCCGGGACAAGGUGAGCAUUCCUACGGGCAGGACGUUCACCCAUAGUAGAACGUAUUUUUAUGUGAUAUUUUUGGAUUUUUUUGAAUUAUCUUAGUCAAAACAAAAUACUCGCACCAGGUUGAACA